GCAUGCUGGACGGCAAAGGGCUCUCCUGCACCACAGGGCUGCUCAUGCUGUCCUCUGCAGGUUUUAAUCAUGUUUGGCAUCAACGCACUCAAGUGCACACAUGGAGUACGAAGGAUGAUUCUCUUGGUUUUACUCACCAACAUCAUGCUGCUGCUCUACUGCUUGACAAAACCCAACCAAGUGAAGAUGAGCGGCUCCCAAGAAGACACGUGUCCACACAGCAUGGCCAAAAUAUUAAAGGAAAAUGUGACCAGGCCUUCUCAACGAAGCAAACCCAAGUCAGACGAGUGCCACCCUGCCGUCAACAUCAUGUUCAUGAAGACCCAUAAAACUGCCAGUAGCACCAUGAUCAACAUCCUCUUCAGAUUUGGAGAAAAGAACAACCUCAAGUUUGCCUUCCCUGAUGGGCGCAAUGACUUCCUCUACCCAUCGCCUUUCCAGUGCUCCCAGGUGAAGAACUACAGGCCUGGAGAUUGUUUCAACAUUGUUUGCAACCACAUGCGUUUUGAGCUCCGAGAAGUAUCCAAGCUGCUGCCUCCAGAUGCUGCCUACAUCACCAUCUUACGAGACCCGGUGGAUCUCUUCGAGUCGUCCUUCCACUAUUAUCACACGGCGGUUCCUCUCACAUGGAGAAUCCCCGGUAAGAACAAGCUGGUGGAGUUUCUGAAGAAUCCUCCGGCGUUCUACAGCCCGGAAGCCUACAACUCAUUCUACCUUAAAAACCUGCUCUUCUUUGACUUUGGUCUUGAUAACAACGUUGAAGCUAAUGAUCCUAGUGUGAUGAGGGGUAUUCAUUUCUUAUCCAAACAUUUACAUUUGGUCCUCAUAUCAGAAUACUUUGAGGAGUCUCUUAUCCUGUUGAAGCAUAAGCUGUGUUGGAGCACAGAGGACAUUUUAUAUUUUAAGCUCAACUCUCGCAAGAGGUCAUCUGUAUCUAAACUGAGCCCUGAGUUCAGAGCCAAAGCGUUGGAGUGGAACGGGGCUGACUGGACACUCUAUCAGCACUUCAACGCCACCUUUUGGGCCAGAGUGGAGUCCUUUGGGAGGGAGAGAAUGAAACAGGAGGUAGAUGAGCUGAGGAGAAGAAAUGCAGAGAUGCAGGCUAUUUGUAUCGAGGGAGGGAAUCCAGUCGAAGCCAAGAACAUCCAGGACAGUCGCUUCCUGCCCUGGCAGCCGGUCGGAGAGUCUUCCAUCCUGGGGUACAACAUGAAGAACGAUAUCGAUCCCAAAUUCAGGACACUGUGUGAGAAAAUGCUCACACCUGAGAUCCAGUAUCUGUCGGACUUGGGUGUGAGUCUGUGGCUCACUCGACUAUGGGGUUGGGUAAAAGAUACUGUUUUUACAUUUAACUGGAACUGACACAUUGGUAUCUAAACUACAGUAAUAAUGCGACAUGUACAUAUGAUUCCUAUUGUAACAGAUUUUUCCCGUUAUUCAACAAGUUUGCAAGUUUUUUCUCCUGAACGAUACCUCCAUGUUAGUUAUCACCUCCAAUACCCUCUCAUCAUCUAUUGAAAAUCUACUUCUUCUCACCUUUCGUUUGUCUAUUAGGAAAUUGUGCAUUAUUUUGAAACUAACCUCUUUUUUGUUCACUGCAAGUCUAAAUUUUGCUGACUUAAGUAUAUAUAGUUCUUAGCAUAUAACUAACAUGUUUUUUGCAUUAAUGGUGCUAAUUUAAUGUUGAACCAACAUUGAGAAUAGGGUGUGACUGCCACCCCCUAGCCACUGGCUGUUUGCUGUGUAGAAGUGUUAGUCUGCCAUGUAAAGGCCCGAGACUUUAUAGGAGUCGUUUUUUUGGCAUUACAAUAGUUGUGGCCUAGCUUGAGCCGGUUGCUGUGGUUAAUAUAUCCUCAUUGUUUACAGCAUUAGUGGUUACAUAACAAGCAAAAAACUCAAAUUCAUGUAUGAGAUAUUCAGUUUGGCUGCUUUCCAUAAAACCAUACCUCAAUAAAAGUGUCAAAUGAG